AGAUUAUUACGCGAGAAAAAGUAAGAAAAUUGAAUAAGUUAUUUAUUCUACGAAACCAAACAAAAUUUCCUUUUUUGUACGAAGAGGAAAUCGCUAAAAUUACGUUACACCCGAGAAAAUUGUGAAGUUUGCUAAAGCAAGCAAAAUUGUUAAUACUGAGUUAAGAAAAAUACGUGUACAUCGAGAUUGCCGAAUUAUAAGUUGAAGCUCGAGUUCAGUUCGGUUCGAUGCGCACUUAAAUUCGAUUAAAUUAACAGUUAAAGCAAGAAAAGUUCGUUCACCCACAACAACGCAGCAACGAAUUCCGCAGUCACCAUUUCAACCGACACCUCUCUACCAACGCACCAUAGCACGACAGUAUAAAAUCGGACAGCGUCAAAAGCUGAAAUACCGACAAAGCAGUGAAUAGCGUUGUAAAGAUUCUACAUUUGCACGCGUAAUUUCCUCAGACAUAGCGCAGAAAAGGAAAAUUUGUAAAUAAAAGAAAUUUUGUGGAUGUGAGACAAUAGCCAGUAGAACAAACGCAACCAACGCUUUACCUUGACAGUGACGACGUCGACAAAAGUGGCAAGUCAGUGGAGGAAGCAAACCAAACGUAUUGGAAAAAGAAAGAAGCUGUACAUACAUACAUAUCUAUAGUUUCUUGAAAACAUUUUAAUAUAUUGUACUAAAUAAAAGAAACUCUUAAACAGGCUAGCCAAGUGAGUAGCUUCAGUGGUCUGACAUGUCAUCAGCUGAGGAGCAAAAUAACAAGAUGAAUGAAUUAACGCCGGAAGAGAUACGCGCUCGAAGAUUGCGUACAUUAGCGGUAGCUAAUACCCCAAAAGUAAAUACGCCCAGCAGUACCGCAACUACAACAAUAGAGAGCAGCUCAAGCUCCACUACAAUUCCGACAACACCAGUGUCAGCGGAUGAUAAUGAGAAGGGCUUAGCACCCCGCUGUCCCAACUAUGCUACUAAGGAUUCACGCUUGUUGCGCACCCAACUCACAGCGGAGGCUUCUAAUUCAUCAGAAAACAUGCUACCCCCUUCGGAAUCUACGAAAAUGGACGUUGACGUCGAAAUGAAUUCACUAAAUACAACACCUACUCAACCCAUGGAUAUAGCUAAAUGCCCAUUAGUGCUGACCGCUGCUUCAUCAACCUCGUCUGUAUUCACACCUCCAACAGAAUGUGCUAUAAAAGCAGAACUCGGCAAUUAUAGCAACGAAACAGCUGACAGCAGUGUCGUUGAAUGUAUGGAGACGACAGAGAUUACAAACACGAUUAACGAACGUAAGCAGCCGGAACAGUCGUUAGAUGAACGCAUUGAGGGCAUGAUUUCGAAAAUAUUCAAUGCUGCAUGGAAUGAACAUAGUGUCGGCUCAAUGAUAUGCCCGCGUACUGCCAAUUUUCUUGAACAAUAUCCACAUAUGCGUUUUGAUUUUGAAACGAUCAUACAUGAUCUACUGCUAGAGUGUGUGCUAAAGUUGUAUAAAGAAGAGCAUGAUUCAACAGAGGGGGCUAGCGGCGGAAGCGUUGCAGCGGCUACCAACGAGGCCGAUAUUCCGUCUACGAGUGCUAGUAGCUCAGCAAUAGCUGUAAGUUCCAGUGACAAUAAUAAAGCGACUUCAUCGAAAUCUGCCGCUGCAUCUGCAUUGGCGACGUCUACGUCUACAACAUCGGCAGCAUCAUCAGCGAAUCCCACUUAUUCAACUCCGAAAAAGAUUAAAAGCGAUGACACGGAAGUACAAGAAAUAUUGGCAAAUGCAGCGCCAGGCAGCGCAGGUGGCACGCGACCAUCAAUUUUCUUUUCAGAAAAUGCAAUGAGCGGUGGCGGCAGUAGUAGUACACGCGACGAUGAACAACCCACAUCAUCACAGGCGACUACCUCAACUGCUGCUAAUUUGGAUUGCACCACCUAUCCAGUACCAACGUCUGCCACAAUGCGCGGCACUGUGGUCAAACAAGAUGUCGUCUUAUACUUGGUAAAUUGUCAUCGGCUACGUCAACAAUACUUAACUGAUAAUAAUGUUAGCAGCAGCAAUGAUCCAAUUGAGGCGGCAACGAAAAUUCAAAGCAUACUACAACAAGUAUAUGACGCCGUAAUGCGCACCACAAUACUUGUGCUCACCGAUCGCAUCUAUGAAAAUUCGAAUUAUAUAUUAGAUCAAUCAGCCUUGCUGGAAAUGCUCUACCAAGGUCGCAUACCCGAUGGAUUCUUGUAUGAUUUGGUGGCUACCGCCUACAACCAAUUUGAAGACUUUCAACAAAUCUUUACACAACUUUUGCGUGGUCUCUUCAUUGGCAUGCAACGCAAUAUUUGUACAGCCAAUAUAAAUACACAGCAAAUUGAUUUGUUAUCUAAAUUGGUCACCAUUAAAGUUGGUUCGUCACGGCCGAUAUGUGAUUUAAUUGCUGCGCAAGUAAAUUUCCUUCCUGAAAUGUGUACGAAAAUACCAGGCCGAGAAAUAGUGAAAUGCAGCUAUUUAGGGCCAUUCUUGUCCGUCUCGCUGUUCGCCGAGGAAAAUGUGAAAUUCGCAGAGGCGCAUGGCAAAAGCAAUGUCAUUGUGUAUAGCAUGUACCACUUUCGUUGGGAAAUGCAAUCAAUGCGCACGUCAAUGCAUACAGUCUUUCACUCGUUGCUCGUCAACGUAAAUAGCCGCCCUAAAACGCUUGACUACAUUGGCAAAAUACUGCGCUACAACGAGCGUCGUGCACAGCUCGCUUGCGAUGAAAAAUUGCUUGCACGCGAUGGUUUCGUCAUAAAUCUAAUGAGCGUAUUGCAACAGCUGUCGGUGAAAAUCAAAUUGGAUCGCAUCGAUCCGGCUUUUCCCUUCUAUAAAGACUCGUUGAUCUCCAUUGAGAACGAUACGAAAUUACGUUACGCUGACGACGAAUAUAAACAGUUCAUUGAACGUAAUUUUGCUACGGUCACACAUAAUGCCAACUUCCAGACGCAAUGUUGGUUCCUAACACUUCAAGCGCAUCAUUUGGGCUAUAUGCCAGCCAUACAACGCUAUCGGCAGAAGGCACGCGCCAUUAAAGAACUGCAAAAACUCAUUGACGAAAUCGAUCGCACCAAAUCGCAUUGGGAGAAUACACCAUAUGCGAAAAGGAAUAAACAGUUUCGUGAACGUUGGCAUAAGCAAUUGAAAAAGUUGACCAGGUCCAAAAUGUGCAGUGAACUAUGCUUGCUCGAUCCUAAACUUUUAUCAGCUUGCAUGUACUUCUAUUCGACUGUUUGCGAAUAUCUACUAUAUCAAAUUGAGGGACGUGCCAUUGAGGGCCCAUUCAUAGCCAAGGUGCCGGUGCAACAAUUGAAGCCGACCGAUACAUUUGCUGCACUGCCCGAGUGGUAUGUCGACGAUAUUGCCGAAUUCAUACUGUUCGCCAUGCAACAUGCCCUCAAUGAUAUACGGCAGACAAUCGAUCAUUCGAUAAUCACAUGGUUGUUGACGUGCGUCUGUGUGCCCAAUCUCAUAAAGAAUCCUUAUGUCACUGCCAAAUUAGUUGAAGUGUUGUUUGUGUUCUCACUUGGACCACAAAAUUCAUUAAGCACAUCUGUAAGCACAAUGUGGAAUCAUGAAUUGGCACAGACUGUGCUUUGCAGCGCGCUAAUGAAAUUCUACGUAGAUAUUGAAACGACUGGACAAAGUACUGAGUUCUAUGAUAAAUUUACUAUUCGAUAUCACAUAAGUCAUCUAUUUAAAUCAAUGUGGGAAAAUCCUGUGCUACGGCAAGUAAUGAUAACCGAAUCGAAUUCGGGCAAACAAUUUGUGAAAUUUAUUAACAUGCUCAUGAACGAUACCACAUUCCUGUUGGAUGAAUGCCUAGAAAAUUUGAAGCGCAUACAUCAAACACAGGUGCUGAUGAUGAACGAGAGCGCGUGGGGGCAAAUGAGCUCUGAACAGCAGCAAACUAGACUCUCGCAAUUAAAUACUGAUGAACGACAGUGUCGUUCUUAUUUGACACUUGCACGCGAAACUGUGGAAAUGUUUCAUUAUUUAACGAAUGACAUUAAAGAGCCAUUCAUGCGCGACGAAAUAAUCGAUCGUCUCAGUUCAAUGUUAAAUUUCAAUUUACAACAAUUGUGUGGGCCCAAGUGCAAUGAUCUAAAAGUACGCAAUCCAGCUAAAUAUGGUUGGGAACCACGUCGGCUGCUAGGCGAAAUUUUUGAUAUAUAUCUACAUCUGGACUGUGAUAGAUUUGCGCAGGCAUUAGCCGCCGAUGAGCGUUCAUUUCAGAAGCAUUUAUUUGACGAUGCUGCCAGUCGCAUAGAACGUUUGGGUAUACGUUCCACAACUGAGGUGGAAAAAUUCAGGUCAUUGAUUAGUAGAGCCCAUGAUAUUUAUGUUGCAAAUCAGCUAGCCGAAGAUGAGUGCGCCGAUGCGCCCGACGAAUUCAAAGAUCCUCUAAUGGAUACGCUCAUGUCGGAUCCGGUAAUGCUGCCAUCGGGCACGAUUAUGGAUCGUGCUAUUAUAACAAGGCAUUUGUUGAACAGUAACACUGAUCCGUUCAAUCGUCAGCCAUUGACCGAAGAUAUGCUCGUGCCAAAUAUUGAACUGAAGGAACGUAUCGAUGCUUGGCGUAAGGAGCAACGUUUUAAGCGACAACAAGAGCAAAAUGUACGCUUAAACGAUAAGAGCAGCUAAAUUAUAGCAUCAAUGGCGUGUGGUAUGUACUGUACGGUGAAUGUGGCGAGCAAGCAAACAAACGAGAAAAGAAGUCAGCCAAGGUUGCAGUAGCCACAUUUUACUUUUCAAGCUGUUGAUGUUGCUAUUGCUGUCGCUGAAAUUGCUGCCGCCGAUGUAGCAGCUUCUUAUAUGUUUGGCGUAGUUCAUGAAUCGAAUUUUAAUUAGUUGUUUUGUGUGUGUGCGUGUGUAUGAA